AUGGCCGUCAAACCCAUUACUGGCAUGCUCCGCAAGGGGCUUAUUACCGACCUGAGCAUUGCGCUCGGCCUCGGGCUCGUCUUCGGCAACGCUUACUGGUACGGCUACCACGUCCCGAGGACAAACGCUCGCGACAACUACUACAAGAAGCUGGAGGAGGAGCGUGCUGCUAGGCAAGGGGCUUGA